AUGGAUGCACUUCCUGAUACUUCGCAAUCCACCUCAUCCAGAUGCUCGACGCCUACCACACCCGACACACCCGUCUCGCCCGCCUCUUCGACCACAAGUUCGUACUUUAGCUCGUCCUCGUCCUGCGAGCCGCAGGUCCCAUUUCAAAUCAUCGUCACAUUCGACGGCAAGGUGCGCGAGAUGCUGCGGAUAGAGCGCGAUGAAAACUCGCCUAUCCAGGCACCUAGACCACGAAAAGCACCUAGGCCGAGAUACUAUGCAAGGAACACAGAUUAG